UCCAAAAAAUGGACGAACAAUGAAAGGAGGUUAAGAAAUCCAAAGAAGUCAACUCAACGACUAUUGGAUUUGUCUUACCUAAAACCAUCCGAAUUAAGAAAAGCACGCACGACAUUGAUUAGGGAAGAUCAAACCGAUUCUCUCAACGAAGUGCUAAUGGCUUUAAAGCAACCAAAAAAGUAUCAAAUGGACUCGAACAUUUUGCAGUUAACCCCAAGGUUUGAUCGAAACGGUGUAAUAAGGAUGUUUGGACGUCUUGAAUCAACACCGUUUCUCUCACCAGAAAUUCGAGUCCCAGUAAUAUUGGGAAAAAAGUCACGUGUUGCAAGAGGCUUGAUAUACGACUUUCACAUGGAAAAUAAUCAUUUUGGAAGUUAUCAAGCUCUUUGGAACCUAGUGAAACAAAAAUAUUGCGUGAUACAAGGACUAUCUAUGUGUAAAAAACUCAUCAAGGAAUGUAAUUACUGCAAAAAGAAAUUUGCUGCAACAACCGCUAGGAAAAUGGGUCCGUUACCAUUUUCGCGGAUUCCUGAUAGCCGGCGACGUUUGACACCGUUUGCCCAUGUUGGAAUCGACAAUAUGGGACCAUUAAACGUUAAAAAUGGUGACAACAUGGCCACAAGAUACUUAUUAGUUUUUGUAUGCAUGAUCACCAGGGCCAUACACAUAGAAGUAACAGUUGAUAAAUCAACAAAAUCAACAACUUUAGCUCUAAUAAGAUUUCAAGGAAGGUUUGGUACACCAAACAUAAUAAACACCGACAAUGCUUCAAAUUUUCUGGAGAUAGCCAGAGAAAUGGAGAAGUUGAAGGCCAUCUUUGCAGACAAAGAAAUUAAUUGGACCUUCAACCCUCCAAAAGCAGCUUGGUUCGGUGGUCAUUUUGAAAUCUUUGUAGGGCUAAUCAAAAAAGCCAUCUUCAAAAGUACACCAAAUAUAGACGUUAUUUUAAACGAUGAAGAAUUGGCAACCCUAACAAGUGAAAUAGCGAGAAUGUUAAACAACAGACCGUUGAACUACGUCUCAGAAGACGGAAUCGACACUGUUUUAACACCUGCCGAUUUCAUAUUGGGAAGUCAAAAAACAUCUGAAAUAACGUGUCCAGAGUCAAUUUCCAGAGAUUUCAAGAAAAGAUACAUAUUCUUAAAAAAGUAUCUAGACAAUAUCUGGAAAAAAUU